AAAUCAGGGGGCUCGUUCCCUUAGCAACCCGCUCUGUUGACAUCGCCCGGCGCCAGCGCGGGGCGGGGAACAAGGGCCCCGGGAGAGCAUCGUUCGUUAUUCUGCCUUGGUGGGGCCUCGCCCCCCCCUCACCCCCGCGGGCACCAUGCGCAGGCUGGGCCUGCAGCGGGACCUGGCCGAGGCGGCUGCGCUGGAGCGGAGGCGGCAGCGCGAGCUGCGCAGGCAGAGCCGCAUCUUCAACGCCCGAGUCAGGACCAUCGGGGUUGAUAAGGAUGCUUUGGAUACUCAAAUCAAUGAUAAGAAGAUUCAAGAGGCAAAUGAGAAAGCACGACAUGAUACAAUUGCUGGUGAAAUGAAGCAAAAUGACAAGAUCAUCUGUAUGUUAGAAGAACGGCAGAAACAGGACAUCAAAAACCUAAACAAAGCUGUCACUGAGUUUCAACAGAAUUUUCAGAAGCCAGAAACUCGGCGUGAGUUUGAUUUAUCUGACCCACAGUCCCUGAAGAAGGAUACUCCUGCUCGCCUCUCUGACAAUGACCCUCGAUGUACUGUAUCUGGCUUGCAGAAGUUUCUAGGAGAAGAUUUAAACCAUGAUCAGAGGGUGAAAUUUCAAAAGGAGCAGUCAAGAGAAUGGUCUCUACAGCAACAGAGAGACUGGAAGAAUGCAUUAGCAGACCAGAAAUUUGCAGAGGAUCUCCAUGACAAGAACAGGAUAGACCUAGAUCAUAAGGCUAUGGAACUACAAAGAAAAGAAGUAGAAACCAGACAAGCUGUUUGUGCAGCUACCAAGGAUUUUAAUAGAACCCAGGCUGCAGAAUUUGCAGAAAGAAAAAUGCUAGAAAAGCGUCAGGAAGAAGAAGAUAAUGUGGCUGAAAUUUCUAACCUCUUUCGAGGAGACUUGCUUUCUGAAAACCCAGAACAAGCAGCCAGUUCGUUUGGGCGACAUCGUGUGAUUACUGAUCGAUGGAAAGGAAUGAACCAGGAUCAGCUGAUGGCAAUACGUUACACUCAACAGCAACAAGUUCUGGAGAAACUGAGGCUGCAGGAGGAAGAAAGGCAAAGAAAUGCAGAGUGGGACAGGCAACGUAUACAGGCUGCCAGAGCACAACUUCUUUUUGAGCGGCAUCAACAGCGACUAAAUCGAGAACUUCGCAGAACUCUGGAUAAUACUAAUGCACAACUCUCCCAGGAGCAGAAAUCAAAAAAAAUUUAUCUUCAGGAGGAAGUGUAUUCAAAUUUUCCAACAGGCCAAUAUUUCACACAGUUUAAUACAACUAGCCGGUGACGUAUGAGGCACAUCCACUCUCUGAAAUAUAAAUGUUACAGAAAUUUUGAGAUUACAGCAUGAUUGUCAGAUAACUUAAAGUACAACAAAACCUGAUCUUCAUAUAUGCUUUUCAGAGACCACACUCUAUUUUAAAAUGCAGGAAGAAGUAUGGGAAGAGUAAUUGCUAUUGUUGAGAGCAAAG